AUGGGAAAAAAAUCAAAGAAACAGGUAGAGGAUAUUUGGGCUGAGGAAGAAGAACCUCAAGCCGAAGAAUUUGGGGCUACAGAAACCCCCAACAACGAAGAAGAACCAAGUAAUGAACAACCUGAAGAAGCUUCAGCUGAUGAUAUUGCAGGUGAUUUUUUAGGAUCUAUUCGUAAAAAUAAGCAAAAAAAAGCUCAAAAAGAAGAAGAUAAAACCAAAGAAUCAAACAGUGAAGGUCCAAAAAUUUUAUCAAAAAAGGAAAAAGAAAAAUUAAAGAAAGAAGCUGAAAAACAGAAGAAGAAAGAACAAUCUCAAAAAAAGAAGGAACAACAAGCCACCAAAAAGGAACAAAUUAAAGAAGCCAAUAAACAAAACGCUGUAAAUGCAUCAGCUAUACCGACUCCAGAACCAGAAGAGGAACCAGAAGAGAAAAAACCAGUAGCUAAAAAAGGUGGGAAAAAGGCACCAGCAGGUCUUGCAGCUUUAAGAAAACAAUUGGAAUUGAAGAAACAAUUAGAAGAAGAACAACGUUUAGCAGAAGAAGAAGAACAACGUAAAGCUGAAGAAGAAGAAAGAUUAGCAAAAGAGGAAGAAGAGAAAAAAGAAGCAGCAAGAGCAGCUAAAAAGGAAAAAGAUAGAUUGAAAAAAGAACAAUUAAAAGCAGAAGGUAAAUUGUUAACAAAGAAACAAAAAGAAGAGAAAAAAUUACAAGAAAGACGUCGUGCUCAAUUAUUACAAGCAAGUAAUGUUUCAGUACCUGGAUUACAAAAGGAAUCAACAGAAGGUUCAAAUUCAAAACCAAAAAGAAUAGUUUAUGAAAAGAAAAAAUCAUCAAGACCAAAGACAUUUAAUCAAAAACCACAACAACAAAAGCAAGCACCAAAGAAAGAAGAAGAAGUAGAAGAAGAAGCAUUAAUAGAUGAUUGGGAGAAAAUGGCAUUAGAUGAUGAAGAAGAAGAACCACUUGAAAAUUGGGAUUCAGCGGAAGUUGAAAAUACUGAGGUGGUUGAAGAAGAGGAGGAAGAAGAUGAAGAUGAAGAAGAGAUCGAAGAAGAAGAAGAGGAAGAUAGCACCAAAGAAGAAGAAGAAAAAGCCAGAAAAGAAGAAGAAGCCAAAAAAGAAGAAGCUAAAAAAGAAGCUGAAAGAAAAAUUCGUGAAGAGCAAGCUAAAACUAUUACAAAAUCUAUUCCUACCACCUCCGAAAAAGAAUUACGUUCUCCAAUCUGUUGUAUUUUAGGUCAUGUUGAUACUGGUAAAACUAAAUUAUUAGAUAAAAUUCGUCAAACAAAUGUUCAAGGUGGUGAAGCAGGUGGUAUUACCCAACAAAUUGGUGCUACAUAUUUCCCAGUCGAUGCAAUAAAACAAAAGACACAAGUUAUGGAACAAUAUGAAAAAAGAAUUUUCGAAGUUCCAGGUUUAUUAAUCAUUGAUACACCAGGGCAUGAAUCUUUUACUAAUUUAAGAUCUCGUGGGUCCUCAUUAUGUAAUAUUGCUAUUUUAGUUAUUGAUAUUAUGCAUGGAUUAGAACAACAAACUAUUGAAUCUAUAAGGCUUUUAAGAGAUAGAAAAGCUCCUUUUAUUGUUGCAUUAAAUAAAAUUGAUAGAUUAUAUGAUUGGAAAGAAAUACCAAAUAAUUCAUUUAGAGAUUCAUUUGCAAAACAAGCAAAAUCUGUACAACAAGAAUUUCAUAAUAGGUAUGAACAAAUCAAAUUAGCAUUAUCAGAACAAGGUUUAAAUUCUGAAUUAUAUUUCCAAAAUAAAAAUAUGUCAAAAUAUGUUUCUAUAGUCCCAACAUCAGCUGUUACUGGUGAAGGUGUACCUGAUUUAUUAUGGUUGUUAUUGGAGUUAACACAAAAGAGAAUGUCAAAACAAUUGAUGUACUUGUCAAAAAUUGAAGCAACUAUAUUGGAAGUUAAAGUUGUUGAAGGUUUUGGUUACACAAUUGAUGUUGUUUUAUCAAAUGGUAUAUUAAGAGAAGGUGAUAGAGUAGUAUUAUGUGGUUUGAAUGGUCCAAUUGCUACCAAUAUCAGAGCAUUAUUGACUCCACCACCUAGUAGAGAACUUCGUAUAAAAUCAGAAUAUGUACAUCAUAAAGAAGUUAAAGCUGCAUUGGGUGUUAAAAUUGCUGCAAAUGAUUUAGAAAAAGCAGUUGCAGGAUCCAGGUUGUUAGUUGUAGGAGAAGAUGAUGAUGAAGAGGAUAUGAUGGAUGAAGUUAUGGAUGAUUUAACUGGAUUAUUGGAUUCCGUUGAUACUUCAGGUAAAGGUGUUGUUGUUCAAGCAUCUACUUUAGGAUCCUUAGAAGCUUUAUUGGAUUUUUUGAAGGAUAUGAAAAUCCCAGUUAUGUCUAUUGGAUUAGGUCCAGUCUAUAAAAGAGAUGUUAUGAAAGCAGUUACCAUGUUGGAUAAAGCCCCAGAAUUAGCUGUUAUGUUAUGUUUCGAUGUUAAAGUUGAUAAAGAAGCUGAACAUUAUGCUGAUGAAAAUAAUAUUAAAAUUUUCAAUGCUGAUAUUAUAUAUCAUUUAUUUGAUGCUUUUACUGCUUACCAAACAAAAUUAUUGGAAGCAAGAAGAAAAGAGUUUAUGGAAUAUGCUGUUUUACCAUGUGUUUUGAAAACUAUACAAAUUAUUAACAAAAGAAAUCCAAUGAUUAUUGGUGUUGAUGUUAUCGAAGGAGCUGUACGAAUUGGUACACCAAUCUGUGCAGUACGUCAAGAUCCAGUUACAAAACAACCAAGUGUAAUGGUAUUGGGUAAAGUUUCUUCAUUGGAAGUUAAUCAUAAACCAGCAGAUUCUGUUAAAAAGGGACAAACUGCUGCCGGGGUUGCUAUGAGAUUAGAAAAUCCAUCUUCUGCUCAACCAGUUUGGGGUCGUCAUGUUGAUGAAAACGAUAAUUUAUAUUCUUUAAUUAGUAGAAGAUCAAUUGAUACUUUAAAAGAUCCUGCUUUCAGAGAUACUGUUUCAAGAGAUGAUUGGUUAUUAAUUAAAAAAUUAAGACUGUAUUUGAUAUAA